AUGCAGCUCGUGGCACAGUUACAAGAAGUCUUGGCCAAGACUGUCGAUGCGUUCGAUAACUUCUGCUCUACGUAUUCCAUCAUUUUCGAACACCUCCCUUCUGAAUACCAAGUUUUUGGGAGAAGAGUGAAUGAGUUUAGGACUUUGAAGACGAAACUCGACUAUCUAAGAUAUCGCUGCGCCGAACAUGCCCGCAUACUUGAACUUCAGCUGAACCAUGAGGCACUCAUUUUAAGUAGAGGCCAGAGCCAGCUAGCGAAGGACAACAAGCGGUUCUCCUUGGUUAUGCUGCUUUACAUCUCUCCGGUUGCAUUGACUGCAAGCGUUUUCUCGAUGGACAAACCCAUCCUUCCACUAGUGCGCCCAACAUUCGCGUGGUUCGCUGCGUUGAUUUUGCUGUUCAGCCUCGGCGGACUCGUUGUUCACGGCGCAUUGUUUUGGUGGCAGUGGAGAGAGGUCAUGGAUUUGUGCCGCAGAUUUCCAACUGACCUGAUCGUGCUGCUACGGUUCACUAGACGAGGGAGAAAGCCUCCUCAAGAUAUUGAGCGUGCCGCCGGCAUGACCCCUGGAUUGGCAAUCGGUGAUGCUCCGAGAGUCGGCUCAUCAGAUACCGGAAAUGCCUCACAUGUAUGA